AUGAACGCAAUCGUAAUCACAGUAAAGCGGAGGCAACCGGGCGGCAAUCACAAGGUCUGGGCGGCGCUAGCGGUGCAUGUGACGGUCCCCAACGCCUGCAAAGCAACGGUGAUGUGCACAUGGGGUAUGGCGCUACUCCAGAUUGAGCGAGCUCGUUGCUGCUUUCACGUCGUACCUUCACUGCUUAUCGCCCUCAAGACAACCUUCUCUUUGACACUAUUUCCUUCUCAUUUCACUAUAGCGACCUACGUGCCUUCAAGUCCUCACUGCUACUCAUAUCAGCGCAGCCAGAGCACCGGAACUAAGAUGCCGUUUACCGAUAACUCAUCACAUUCUCCCAGUCCGAAUGUCUCUUUGCGUCAAUCAGUGCGCCUCCAGGUUCUUUUGCGCCGUGCCAAAGCGCACCAGAGGGCGAUCGACGAUAAAAUCCUGGAGCUGGACCCAAGCAGCAGUCACCGUGAAGUCGCUCGCUGGAUGGGCGAACACGAGAGAUUCCUACACAAGACGAAGCUAAGGAUGGAGAUAUGCUUGAACCAGCUUGAGGUUCACGUCCGUGUGCAUCCGGACACCAACAUCAAGGCCGACUGCGAGAUGCUGCGAAUGCAGUAUCAGUUCUUCAACCGUAUCCUCGGACCCCUUCAACCAGAUAAUGGAAUAUGCCUUCAUCCGACAGAAGGGGUGUAG